AAUUGAUAUACUACUAGCGCCAUCUUUAAAAACAGCAAACUAGAAAACAGAGAUUAACGUUACAAUAUUUUCAUAAAGAGAAAUAUAAUCGAGUAGCAAGAUGACUAAGCCCAGCAUUAAACUUGGCCCAGGAGCUUUAGUUUGCUUGGAUUGCGAUAUUCAAGGCGAUGUAACUAUCGGCGCCAGAAGCAUAGUUCACCCAAAAGCAAGAAUAAUUGCUGAUGCUGGCCCUAUAAUAAUAGGAGAAAACAAUUUAAUUGAAGAGAGAGCUGAAAUUUAUAAUAGAAAAAUCGAUGAAACACCAAAUCAGACUGUGGUUAUAAUCGGGAAUUCUAAUUUAUUUGAAGUUGGAUGUUAUUCUGAGGCUUUAAAAAUUGGUGAUAACAACAUUAUCGAGUCGAAAGCAAGACUAGGUAGAGAAACAGAAUUGACUAAUGGUUGUGUAGUUGGUGCUGGCUGUUCUAUCUUUAAUCGAGAAGUUUUGCAAGAAAAUUUAAUAAUUUCUGGAUCGAAUUGCGAAAGACGAGUUCAAUUUGAUAGACCUCAACCUCAGAGUUUACAGUUGGAUUUCCUUCACAAAAUGCUUCCCAACUAUCAUUAUAUAAGAAAAAAGAAAGAACGUGAUACACAGUCUUUGAAAAACUAA